ACGCGCCGGGCCCACCCCGCUGACCGGCUCCCCGACUCCGCACGCUCGUUGGAGGGAAAAAAAAAACCAAACCAUGGAAACGUGCCCGGGAAGGAAAGGGCUAAACGUUGCUUUAAAUAUUCAUGCCAUUGUUUUAAAGGCGUAAACAUGUGGCUGCGGGAUCGCCGGGCACCGUCCCUUAUUAAUGCAAAUGGAUACCCCUGGUUCCCUAAUCACUGCACAUUUUCCCGAGCACCCCCUCCCCCUUCCCAUGCCCUCCAAAAAUGUAAGAAUCUAGUACUUUUUUCAUUAGGAUGUGAGGCUGAUUUGUGUCCUUAGUACCAUUUGGAAUUUUAAAUCUGAGCGCCUUCCUGAUACAAGGUGUUUUAAACUUUUUUCCACCCUUAAAACUCUGAGAAGAUAGUAUUUUAAAAGGAAGUGAUCGCCCCACAAUUCCCCUCCCCACCUUUUUGGGAGCCAGAAGAGGAACAGAGAUAGGAGGUAGGAAAAUAACUGGAUGCCUCGUGGAUCCAUAAAGAACCCAGCCAACCCGCAGAGGGAGGGGAGGGGCUGAGCUGUGAGGAGAGCGGGGCCCAAGAACCAUGUCUACGCGGGAGUCCUUUAACCCGGAAAGUUACGAAUUGGACAAAAGCUUCCGGCUAACCAGAUUCACUGAACUGAAGGGCACAGGCUGCAAAGUGCCCCAAGAUGUCCUGCAAAAAUUGCUGGAAUCUUUACAGGAGAACCACUUCCAAGAAGAUGAGCAGUUUCUGGGAGCCGUUAUGCCAAGGCUUGGCAUUGGAAUGGAUACUUGUGUCAUUCCUUUGAGGCACGGUGGGCUUUCCUUGGUUCAAACCACAGAUUACAUUUACCCGAUCGUAGACGACCCUUACAUGAUGGGCAGGAUAGCAUGUGCCAAUGUCCUCAGUGACCUCUAUGCAAUGGGGGUCACGGAAUGUGACAAUAUGCUGAUGCUCCUUGGAGUCAGUAAUAAAAUGACUGACAGGGAAAGGGAUAAAGUGAUGCCUCUGAUUAUCCAAGGUUUUAAAGACGCAGCUGAGGAAGCAGGAACGUCAGUAACGGGCGGCCAAACAGUACUAAACCCCUGGAUUGUCCUGGGAGGAGUCGCUACCACUGUCUGCCAGCCCAAUGAAUUUAUCAUGCCAGACAAUGCAGUGCCAGGGGACGUGCUGGUGUUGACAAAACCCCUGGGGACACAGGUGGCAGUGGCUGUGCACCAGUGGCUGGAUAUUCCUGAGAAAUGGAAUAAGAUUAAACUAGUGGUCACCCAAGAAGAUGUAGAGCUGGCCUACCAGGAGGCGAUGAUGAACAUGGCGAGGCUCAACAGAACAGCUGCAGGACUCAUGCACACGUUCAAUGCCCACGCCGCCACUGACAUCACGGGCUUCGGGAUUUUGGGCCAUGCGCAGAACCUGGCCAAGCAGCAGAGGAACGAGGUGUCGUUUGUAAUUCACAACCUCCCGGUACUGGCCAAGAUGGCUGCGGUGAGCAAGGCCUGCGGAAACAUGUUCGGCCUCAUGCACGGGACCUGCCCGGAGACUUCAGGCGGCCUUCUGAUCUGUUUACCACGUGAGCAAGCAGCUCGGUUCUGUGCAGAGAUAAAGUCCCCCAAAUAUGGUGAAGGCCAUCAAGCAUGGAUUAUUGGGAUUGUAGAGAAGGGCAACCGCACAGCGAGAAUCAUAGACAAACCCCGGAUCAUCGAGGUUGCACCACAAGUGGCCACUCAAAACGUGAAUCCCACACCCGGGGCCACCUCUUAAUCUAGACAGAAAUAGCUGUUUGGUUUUGUUUUUAAAUAGAUCUAUUUCCCUUAUCACUUCAAUUAAAGACUAUAAACAACAAAAAUCUCAUUGUGUCUACACAUCGGGGUGACCUUAGGUCGGUUUGUAAGUGGAUACAAUUAAUAAAAUAAAAUCCAUUGCCUUUUUUUCCUGUUACAUUAACUGAAGAUGCACCUAAUCUUGAGGCAGCUUCUGAGUUGAGAAUUAUAUUGUUAUCCAAUACUGUUGAUUCAUUUUGAAUCUUUAGACACUUAGCUCUUGCCGCAUAGGCUCUCUUUAAAGGUGCUCUCACAUAGCACAGACGUUACCAGUCGUCGUGUCAAAUAGCAGUUGGUGUCUUCAUUUUAUGUAUAUUUAUCAUAAGUCUGAUUUUUUUUUUUAAGCGUCUUGAAUGGUUUUCUGGAGAGACAGCAUUGGUAAGUGGCACAUGACGGUAUGCCAGUCCUAAGAGGGUUGCAUGAUUCCUUUGAGUGUUUGAUUUGAAAAGCCUAGUCUUGUCUCUCAAGAGCAUCUCGGACCCAGAACAUUCUCCAGUAGUGCAUUCAGUUUAACACAGCAAGUGCUUCACUGCAUGGAAAACACUUUGAAGACAAAAAAGAAAUCUUAUUUCUUUUUUUGUAGCCUUCCUGAUAUUUACAGUAAUACCAUUAACUGUUUUAUCGAUAGCAAAAAAGGAUACUUUUUGCAAUGUAAUUAGAUGUUCUAUAGUGCUACAAGGAAUUGCCUUCCGAAUGGAGGUUCAUGUAUAAUACUCAUUUACAAUUCAAUAUAUAAUUACGCAAAUAAUUUUUAAAUAUAAUCAAUAAUAAAGACUGUUCUGUGGAUGGUAGUGUUUAAUACAUUUUAUAUUUUGUAUAGUGAUUUCAGGCCUUUUGUUAAAAUCAGCAGCUAUUUAGCCUAAUUCUUAGCAUUAUUUUGUCCUUUGCGCCAGUACUUUUUUGUGCACGGUUUUUGUGAUCUGUGUUAAAAACCUGCAUUGCCAACAUUGCAGCUCGAACUUAAACUUGUUAUUCAAAUAAAUAUUUAAUUUUUUAAAUUGCUCUUGUAUAAUCAGAUGCCCCUUUUAGUAUUAUUUUAGAAGCGUUGGGAGGGUUUUGCCUAAAGUACAAUUUAUCAGGAAAAACUAGAUUUUAGUUUUAUAAAACUUUUAAGUCUUUCAUGGGACCUAUAUUUUCUUGAAUUAAAUUUUGUAGUUCUAGAAUAAAUAGGCAAUCUAAAAAGGUGUUCUCUGUGUUUCGUAAAGUGGAGGCUUCCUUAUAUUUUAACCUACUAAGCAAUGAGGAGGGAUUCCUGUCAUUAAGCACAAGGGCACUGGAUCCUCAAGUGCCCGUCUUCAUGAGAGAAAAAGCAGCACAUCCUGCACGUUUCUGGUGCUUCCUGCUCACAGGCACCAAAGCCACACAUGUAAACUGACUUCUUGCCAAAGGAAAUGACCCCUGGGAAGAUCAAGCUCCUGGAAGAGGCUUGAACUCGGACGCGCCCUCCUCCAGGAACCAGCGGGCAGGGCAGCCUUCAUGCAUGUGUAACUGGACCUCCAGCCAUAAGCAUGGUGUGCAGUAUGGAAGAGCCUGCUACGGAACUGAAAUUGAUUGGACAUUUUAUAGGAAUUGAUACAGAUGUUGGUCCUCAAAAGCUACAAACCAGUGGUCUGCAAAAUAAAGUGUGUUGGAAACCUCUGAGUAAGAUAAA